CGACUGUCGGGAAACCUAGGAUUUUACGGUUGGACAUGGCGGCUUGAUUCCAAUGGCGGCCCGGCAGGGGAGCGGCGUGCUGGCACGCGUCCAGUUAUGCUUAUCCGUUAUGUUGGGUUAUGUUUAUACAGCCGAGACCCUGAGCACCGAUUAUGUUAUGGCUCCCUAACACUUCAUAACGAAAGUCCGGGCGGGUCCCGUCGAACAUUUUGGGGAGGGAAGAGAAUAUAAAAACCUCUUCUGCAGCCCAUUCAGCGGUACAAUACAUCUCCAGCUUCCACUCCAUGCAGCCAAUUCUUCGCAGACGUCUACAUCUUGACAACCUCAACACAUCAAUCCACACCCACAUCAACUUCACCACCCCAAGCCACAACCACACCAGCUCAAUCCCCGUCAUCGAAAUGGCACCAUCCGACACAACCCCCCUCGUCGGCUCCCCAAAGAGUCCCAACCCCACCCCAACCGGCGCGGGCCCCCUCCGCCCCCUAACGGCCGGGAUAAUAACCACCAUCGGCGCCGCGCGCAUCGCCACCGGCGUCGCCUGCCUCGCGGCCCCCUCCCUCGCCCUGCGCCUCUUCAGCCUCGACCUCCCCGCCCCGUCCUACUACGUGGUGAGGUUGUUCGGGUCGCGCGAGCUCGCCCUCGGCACCCUGCUGCUGGUCGCCAAGAGCCAGGGGGCGUCGCGCGACGCGGUGAGGCUCGGGGUCCUGGCCGGCGUGCUUACGGACGUGGUCGACGUCGUCUCGAGUGUGGUCGAUCUCGCUUCGGGGAACAUCGGUAUGGGCACCUUUGACUUGGGUGGUGGUGUGGCGUUGUUGUUGGCGGUGUUGGGCGUGGUUGGGCUGCGGGGCUUGUGAGGGAGGCGAGAUCGAGAUGGAAAUUUUAUGGAUGGGUUUGCUGGGGCUGGGUGGCUGGAUUGGGCCGUUGGGGGGAAGCCUGGAAAUAUAAUGAACGACCCCUUGUGGCCCUGUUUUGAUAUUGACUAGACUUUUGGGACUUAUUAAGAAGACAUUG